CGAAUCGGAUGGAAGGAAGGCAGCCAGGCAGGCCCCGCUGCCCGACUGACCGUCCUCACAGUCUGUUGUACCUUUACUCCGGUCUGCGCGUUCUUCAGGAACGUACGUGCCGUUCUCCCAACCGCGCGAUUCCGCCUCGCCAAGGCAGACGUCAACCGUGGCCGGUGCAACGUGCAUAUAUCCUGUCUCUUCGAUCUUCGAAACGAGUAGCUAAGAAAAGAAAGAAGAAAGAAAUAAAAGGAAAGAAAAGAAAAGGAAAGGAAAAUAGAGGGAAUCGUAUAUAUAUAUGUAUAAAACCGAUCGAUAACUUAUCCGUUUUUUCGUUUCAUUCGAGGAUUCAGUUUUCUUUUUAUUUUUUAUCCGGCUGUCUGUAAAAGAUAUCAGUGAUAUGGCCCAGUUGAUCAACGUCAAACUAUCCAGAUUCGACGGAUCCCCCUGGGGUUUUCGUCUUCAGGGAGGGAAGGAUUUCGGCACACCGCUCGUCGUGCAAAAGGUGAAUACCGGAUCACCGGCGGAAGCGGCCGGUCUGAAGGCCGGCGAUGCAGUAAUCAGGGUGAAUAACACGGAGAUGUACAAUCUGAGGCACAAGGACGCGCAGGACGUUAUCGUGAGAGCCGGGAACAACUUCGAGUUGACCGUACAGAGAGGUGGAGGUACCUGGAAACCGCACGUGUCUCCGAUAAGCUCUACCCUGCCCUCGCCGUCCCCUACCAGCGGAUUGUGCAAUAUAGCUCCAGUUACGAAAACAUCGUUGGCGGCCAAGAAACAAGAUGGGCCGCUCAUAGGGAGCGGUCACAAUUUCAGCCCGAAACCAUUCCUUAAUGGAACGGGAGACGGUUCGAUCAAAUCGAUCGUUAACAAACAGUACAACAGCCCAGUAGGUAUCUACAGCGAGGAGACCAUCGCGGAAACUCUUUCCGCGCAAGCGGAAGUUCUAGCCGGCGGUGUGCUCGGAGUGAAUUUCAAGAAGAACGAGAAGAAUUACAAUGCCGAGAACAGCGAGGUAUUCAAAAUGGUUCAGGAAGCUGACAAAGAGCCAAAGACACCGGAACCUGUUUCUUCGAGAACAGAGUUUUACUCGUCGGUGAGCCACGCCGUUGGCGGAAGAGCCACUUCGCCGAGAUCACCCACGCCUCUCUUUCAUGCACUCCAUGGUAGUAGGAGUCCAGCCGUCAAUUUCAAUGAAAGUCCGUCGUCGAAACAUCAAGUGCAACGACAGGAGUCCUCCUCUUCUUCCCCCUCGGGAUCAUCGGGUGUUCGUUGUAACAACUGCGACCGAGUGAUCGUAGGUGUCUUCGUAAGAAUCAAGGACAAGAAUCUUCACGUGGAGUGUUUCAAAUGCUCCACUUGCGGCACUUCCUUGAAAAACGUCGGCUACUAUAAUAUCAACAACAAAUUGUAUUGCGACAUACACGCGAAAUUGGUCGCCAGGCAAAAUGCACCUGCUGGCAUGGUUCCAAUCACUAUACCACCGGGCGGUAAUAAGGCUCCUGCGAGCACCAUUUCCGCCGCUCUCGCGCAUGCUCCAUUAUCUCCACCAUUGAGCAAUCACGCAUCGUCGCCCCAACCGUUCUCCGCUUGCAAUCGUUCGAGUCCCGAUUACUUCGGAUCCCCGAAUUCUCAGCUAUCGCCCCUCGAUAAGAACGGAUACAUCAGCAACGGCAACUGCAACUGGGAAUCGAAAACGUUUACAAGCACGAUCACCAUUCAGACGGGUUGCACAGAGCCCACCCGCCUUGGCACUACGCCCGUCGAUCCACCCAGUUUCCGAUCAGUCCAGGCUCCAACGUCGAACAAUUUAAUUGGUCCUAAACCGUUUGGAUCGUCGAAUAUAUCGUCCCCUCCGCUAGCGAGCACAGGAAGUAGCACUCUGCCACGACCCCAGAGUCAGACCGUGACCGGUACCGGAGUCGGUGGUCUCGGUGGUGCCGGGUCGAAGAGCGGAACUUUCGCUGGUAGCAGCGCGCCAAAGCGAGGAAGGGGGAUCCUAAACCAAGCAACUGGACCGGGAUCACGAUUGCCCCUCUGCGCCCAUUGCAACUCUUACGUCAGGGGACCAUUCAUCACGGCUCUGGGACAGAUUUGGUGCCCCGAUCACUUUGUCUGCGUGAAUACGCAAUGUCGUCGACCAUUACAAGAUAUAGGAUUCGUAGAAGAGAAGGGACAACUCUACUGCGAAUAUUGUUUCGAACGUUUCAUCGCGCCAAGCUGCAACAAAUGCAACAACAAAAUCAAAGGCGAUUGUCUAAACGCAAUUGGAAAGCAUUUCCACCCUGAAUGCUUCAAAUGUUCCUAUUGCGGCAAACUCUUUGGUAACAGCCCGUUCUUCCUCGAAGAAGGAUUGCCCUACUGUGAAGCAGAUUGGAACGAAUUAUUCACGACAAAAUGUUUCGCGUGUGGAUUCCCAGUCGAAGCUGGAGAUCGCUGGGUGGAGGCCCUGAACAAUAAUUACCACAGCCAGUGUUUCAACUGCACGAUGUGCAAGAAGAAUCUCGAAGGCCAAAGUUUUUACGCGAAGGGUGGUCGUCCAUUCUGCAAAAACCAUGCACGUUAAUGCACGAUUCUUUAUGAAUAUAUUAACGCAAGAAAAGAAAAGAAAAGGGAAAUAGAGGAGGAGAGGGAAGGGGAGGCUAUUUGAAGGAAGAAUUGGAAAGUGGAAAAAAAAAAAGAAAAGAAAAAAAAAAAUUACAGAGGAAAUCGCGUUAUCUUAGCUUUAUAAUGAGCACGAAUUUUUGUCUGCAUAAAUUAUAUUUUAUCGAGAUUAUUAUUAUUUUUUUUUUUUUGUUCUUCUUAUAAUUGUUUUCGGUCGACGACAAUUAACACGAUCGUAAAAAAGAAAAAAAAAGAAAAAAAGGAAAAAAAAAACGAAUCGGUGUUAAAAACAACUUUUAACGCCAAAUAAUUAUAGGACGAUUUACGAGUAUAUAAAUAUUUAUUUACGAAUACGAAUACGUUAAUUAAAUGCGAACUAAUUGCACAUCGAUUAUAAUUAUAAUUCCCUUGAUUACUUAAAAACCUUCCUCUGCUUAAAAGCAGGAUACCUUCAAGUCGGCAAAGUCGAUCGAAAAUAAAAACGAAAUACAAAAAAAAGAGAAAAAAAAAGAGAGAGAGAGAGAGAGAAAUGUCCUUCAUAUAUCAAAGAUCGUUGUUCCAAAUAUAAUCACGUUUCUCGAAUUUUCGUGAUCGUGCUCGCUUACGAUAAUACUAUACUUACUAAGCGCCCACGUAACCUUCUAAGCAAUUGUACUCGGCACAAACUACUCAACUAGGUAGUUGGUAGUUCGAAAUGACAAUUAUCGCGUCGACGAUUAUCCGUUAUAUAGUCGCGACUCAAUAUCAAGAACAGAAGAAGCUAAUUAACCGGCUUUGCAGGCUGCUUUACAAUUGAUUCGAACGAAAGAAAAUAGAACGAAAUACCUUUGGAUUGGAAGCAGGGAUUUACACAGUCGCAUAAUAAUAAUAAUCGCUAGUUUCCUUCGAUUUUCGAGAUUAAAAUUUCCCUUGAACGAAAAGGUUAGUGAGAGAAGAACUUCUCGAGAGGCUAUUAAGUUGGCAAAAGUUCCUCGCGUUUCGCUACCUCGACAUUCCACGACUAAUUGGUGGAUUAAGCAGCCAUAAAAUAUCGAUGAGACGCAAACUCCUUCUGCUUACGGUUCCGCUUUUAAUGUACGCGACACAAGUGAUCACGUUUCCCUUGGCGGACGGGUCUCGAAUACCUCGUAAAAUUGUUGCCGCAGAAAAUUCUGCAACGAUACAAUAAACGCGCCGACUUGGUCUCCUGCUCGAAUCACGCAAAGGUCAUCCAAGCAAUUAGUAUUACUGGCAUUAUCACAUAUUUCGCAUUACCAAAGUGCACCCAACAUGAAAAUGUUUCGGCUUGUUUCCUUGGAAAGAUUCGGGAGAGGAUUUGGGUGUUGAUAAAGAAAAAAGUCUUAAACGACGGAAAAGCUUCUCUACGAGCAAAGCUUCUCUAUGAUCAAAAUUUAAAAUCUCAUUUUCGUACGAGUUUGAAUUUCCUUGAUUUCAAAAAAAGCUUCCUCGUAACUGUAAGACGCGCCAAUUAAUUAUUUCUUAAUGAAUUGAAUUUCAAAUUCGUGAUUAUGAUUGAAAAACGGCGAUGAAUACCUACAUUGUGCGCGCGUUGAUUGUCAAUUGUUGACGAGUUUGACAGAGAUAAUCUUGUUAUCUUUCUCGGAUCUGAAAAUAGAACUCGUUAGUUAGAAUGUUCAUACAUAGAAAUUUUACUUAUAAAUCAUGCAAAAUUAUACAUUACCCUGAAAUCAGGCGAUUGAAGACGAGCUAAAUAACAGGCUUGACUAUUAUUUCCAAUCAUUCUGUUGGCUAAUCAUUUUACCAAGAACAUUUUUAAUUUUGGCAUGACCAAAACUGGAAAUCUGGAAAUUCUUCUAGCUAAAAUUGUACGUAGAAGAGAACAACGCACGUUUUUACACACACGAAUCCGUUUAAAAUCCGCUUAGCUUUCAGGGUGCAUAAAGAAAAUAAAAUUUGAUGAUAAAAAUUGACAAAUCGAGAAUUCGAAUACUUGAUAGCAAUUGCCAUGUAAUUAUAGAAAAGGUUACCGAUUUCUGUGCCAUUAUUACAGACUCAUGUCAUGUAGUAGCUAUGAAGAAACAAAUUAGCAAAGCUAGUUUAAAAACUGGAGGACGUAUUUAAGCGUAUAUUGUAUAAUUUAGUAAGUAAGAAACACGCGGCGUUCAUAGAAUAACUCGCGUUAAAACGUUCGUACAAGAGAUGCAUAAGAAGUCGAUUCGAUUGAAGGAAGAAGAAUAAUCCUUUCUACGAUCUGAAAUCAUCCCAACUCGAUAUGGCCGAUGUGUGUCGCGAUAGAUCGAUCCAGUACUAUGAAGGAUGCAACUUAUCAUUAGGAUUAAUAAUAUUAAUUAGAUCGACUACUGGCUGAAUAUCGCAACGAGCUUCUGUAUCCGUGUUACGUGUUGCUUACAAUAAAUUAAAAUGUUCGUGUAAA